GUUCUCUUUUUUGUUCUAUCAUCAGCAUCAACAUCAGCUUCAUCCACAGUCCAGCUUCAAGCUUCAAACAUCUACCAACGCAACCAAUCUGUCAAACUAUCAAACUUUCACAACCAUCAAACUACCACUUUCUCACCUCACAACAACCACCACAAUCACCACACCACCCACUCCACCAAACACUCCCACAACAACAAUCAAAAUGUCUGGCGUCUACCUUCCAAGCAUGACCUUCUCCGCCCCCAACUCGGCGCCAUCCUCCCGCGGUCCCUCCCGCGCCGCCUCCAUCAUCUCCCCCAAGUCUCCCCGCCGCAGCACCGCCGAGGACUACUGGACCUCCCCCAGCGCCAACUUCGGCUUCCAGUCUGCAGUCGGCACCCCCGCUGCGUCGCGCGCUCCAAGUGUCAAGGCUUCCAAGCCGGCAGGAGAGAAGAAGAGCCUCAAGAGCAGGGUCAAGAGCGUUCUGAGCAAGGGUACUGAGGAGUACUGGGCUGGAGCUGUGCAGAAUGCCAAGUUUGGUGUUCUGUCGCCACCGGUUGCUCAACGCAUCUAA